AUGUCUGACCGAGAAUUUGGUGGCAACGAUGAGCUAUCCCUUCCAAAAGCAACCGUACAGAAGAUCAUAACAGAGAUUCUCAAUAAAGACUCGGGAACUGCCUUUGCGAAAGAUACCCGCGAUGUUCUUAUCGAGUGCUGCGUCGAGUUCAUCACUCUGAUCUCAUCCGAAGCCAACGAGAUAGCAGAGAAGGAGGCGAAGAAGACCAUUGCAUGCGAACAUGUAACGAAAGCAUUAGAAGAACUGGGAUUCUCCGACUACGUCAGCCACAUCCUAGAUGUAUCCAAGGAUUUCAAGGCUGCGCAGGUGAACCGCGAAAAGAAGCAGAGUAAGAUAGAACAGAGCGGUUUGACUGAGGAAGAAUUGAUACGGCAGCAAGAAGAGUUGUUUGCCUCCGCCACGUCCAAGUUUACAGGGCCUGGUGAGGAAUGA